GAUCGAUUUAUUGGUUCGUUUGAAGACUCGCGCGUAUAAUACUGUUACUCGCGAUCGUCACCAGGGGACUCUGCAGAGCUUCGAAUACUUCCGGAAACGCCCACUUUUUUCGUCGACGACGCCAUAUUUUUUUUCUCGACAACACGUAUAGCGUAACUAGCCUGUUACAAAUAUUUUAUUUUGUAAUUGUAGCGUAUUUAGCAAGUGUACUUAGUUUCUAAGUCAUCAUAAAGUGUUUGUUUUACCAUUAUGUCUGAUUCGGAUUGUGAUAACAGCCCUAAGGCUCUAGAAGGUCUUUUACGCAAACGUGCCUCUCAGAAGGGCGUUUUGACGAAACAUUUUAAUUAUUUUCGUGACACUGAUGGUGCGGAACUCGAUCGCCAGUGCCUUUCCAUAAAGGAGGAGAGGUUGAGGGCUACGUUUGACAGAUUUGAAAAACUUAACUUGGAGAUAUGUGCGCUUAAUCCAGACGCGGACGACUGUGACGCUGUUGAAACCAAAUACUUGGAAACACUAACUCUGAUAAAACGCUUAAUGCAAAAGUUAGAUGAUAACCAGGUGGUUAGCCCUCCCCCGCUGCAAACCAUGGCAACGAAGCUGCCUGAAAUAAAGAACGUCGAGCCCUUGCACUUGAAAAUGCUGAGAGAACUCAGGUGCAAUUCCCCGUUUCAAAGGCUGCUCACACAGUGACAGUGAAGGACGUUGCAGGAGCCACUGUUAAGUCAGCACCGCCGCCACUUGCCUGCACACUAUGUGCUGUUGCCGUCUGAGCAUUCCACAACUGUAAGCAGCCUGUCAGAGAAUGGAGCCAGCCAGCAACUGCCGGUUCUACACACACAAUUUGGAUAUGUGAUUGCAGGGUCCAUACCAACUAAUCAGCAUUCAAGCCAAGUAACAUCAUUAUUUUGCAAUACAUGUGACACGUCACUUAGUGACACGCUCUCCUCGUUUUGGGAGUCUGAAAGGGUUCCUGAAUUUUUUCCAGAAAAACUCCCGGAGUAUGAGACCUGUGAGCAAAUGUUUUGUAAUUCUGUGAAUUUAGAUACAGAAAAUAACAAGUUUGAAGUUGCAUUACCUCUUAAAUUACCACUAGAGUCAAUAAAUGAAACACUUGGCCAAACUUUCAACCUAGCUCUCAAAAGGUAUCUAAAUUUAGAAGCUAGAUUUCAAAGGGAUCCAGAGCUACAUAAGCUGUACUCUGAAUUUAUUCAUGAGUAUGUACAACAAGGCCAUGGUACAUUCAUAGAUAUCAGUCAAUAUAAUCUUGAUUCUGAUCCAGUUUAUUUUCUAUCACAUCACGCAAUUCUUAGACCAGACAAAAAAACAACUAAGUGUCGUGUAGUUUUUGAUGCUUCAAUGAAAAGCAACAAAAAAGUAUCACUUAAUGAUUUAUUGUUAAAUGGCCCUGUGGUGCAGAAAGAUUUGAUAGACAUUUUAUUGUUGUUUAGAACUGGGGAAUUUAUUUUUGUAACUGAUAUUAAAGCAAUGUUUAGAAAUAUAUCACUCGCCCAAAAAUAUAGAUCAUUGCAAAACAUCCUUUGGAGGGAUACCCCCAAGGAAAAUAUUCAAUGUAUACAGCUAAAUACAGUCACUUAUGGACUCAAGUCUUCCUCUUACUUAGCUACACGGUGCUUGAAGGAGUUGGCUGUCCGACAUAGGGAACAGUUUCCACUGGCUGCUCAUAUUAUUGAACACUCUACAUAUGUAGAUGAUGCCUUAGUGUCACAUGAUUCAUCGGAACUGUUAAUUGAAUCAAAAAGGCAGCUAUGCACUUUACUAGGAAUUGGAGGCUUUCAUUUGCACAAAUGGUACUCAAAUUGCGCUUCAUUGUUAGAUGACAUACCAAAAUCGCAACAACAUUUUGAUGAUAUAGAGUUAGGGAAAGAUAAUGAUGCUUCUCUAAAAACUUUGGGUAUAAGUUAUAACAUUAACACCGACUCUUUCAUGCUUUCGUCACCCAGCACUAACGAAAACAUGCCUACAACCAAGCGUGACAUUUUAAGCUUUAUUGGGAAGUUUUAUGACCCCUUGGGUUAUGCAGGGCCGAUCCUGGUAACCUCGAAAGCAAUCAUGCAACAGCUUUGGCUAGCAAAAGUAGGUUGGGAUGAAAGGCCGCCUGACGAGUUGCUAAAGGUAUGGUGUGAAUUUUUUGACAGCUUACAAGUCAUGUCACCUAUAACCAUCGCACGGCAUGUCGGUGUAUGCAACGCACGCUCUGUUCAGAUAAUAGGUUUUGCAGACGCCUCGAGCACCACAGCCUACGGGUGCUGUAUAUACCUACGUGUCACCGACCAAACAGGUAAAGUAAAAAUAUCAUUGUUAUGUUCAAGGUCGCGUGUGAACCCGAUAAGGCAAAGUCUAACUGUACCCAGACUUGAGCUCAAUGCUGCAGUAAUGCUUGCAAAACUGGUCGUCAGAGUGUAUGACACGUUGCAUCAUAAAUUAAACAUAGAUGAUGUUCACUUGUACUCGGAUUCACAAAUAGUCCUAGCAUGGAUUAAAACCAAUAUAACAUCGCUUAAUACAUAUGUGGGAAAUCGAGUGAAGGUCAUCACCAAUGAUCGGAAUAGGUAGUGCAAUUUAGGGUCAACGACCUCAAACAUUAUAUUAGUGUGGAUACGCCCGGCGGGAUUGCGGGAUUGCGGGAUUUCGGAUAUUUUCUAUCUAUACUGGUAUUAUAAAAGAAAACAAUUAUUUCAUAAGUAAUAUAUUUUAAAUGUUUAUCAUUUCUAAAGUGAAAAGUAUGGAAGAAAUAAAAAACAUUGGUCCUUUAAAUAUUUUUUUAUUAUUGUAAAACGUGUAAGCAUUCAGUUACGAAUAAAAGUGUUCAUACAAUGUAGACAACAAGUUAAAAUAAUCAUUUGUUAAUUAACAACAUAAUCAGAGAAAUACCAUUAGAAAACAUAGCAUCACGCCUGUAACCCCGAAGGGGUAGGCAGAAGUAUAAAAUACCCACUCCAGCUAUGUUUGAGUCGCAUAUAGGGGGCGAGCCUAUUGCCAUUUAUCGGGCACCAAUUAAGAGCACAUGAUAAUCAUAAUGAAAUUUAACAUUGUUGAUUAAUAUUUAAUUUAUCCUUUGCAUUAAAUAAAAACAGUAAUUAUCGUAAUUUAUUUCAAUUCGACAGAAAACGAACGAACGAACGAUUGAAUUAAAAAGUUUGUUUCCUUCAAUCGUCAUCUUCAUUCUCACUAUCAAUUUCUUCAACAUUUGAAAUGGCAUUUUCGUUUUCUGUGGAAUUGAAAUAAAUUACGAUAAUCUUUUCCAUAUUUGCCAACUUUAAUCUAUUUCUUUUAACAUUUAAUAUCCAUUUAUAUGUCGAAAACGUCCGUUCAACUUCUACUGAUGUCAGCGGGGCAAAUUUCCAAAUUAAAAUAUCGUCAGUUGCUGAACCGCUUGCGAUUUGUUCUGAAAACGUCCUGAUAAUAUCAAUAUCCGGAUUGCGAGCUAUGACUGCUUCUAAUUUAUUUUGUAUAGGUGAACUCAUACUCCAAUUGACUACUAACCUUACUU